UCAAAGUUUUACCUUGAUUCUGAACAAGAAGAAACAGAAGGAAGUAUUGACACCAAAAUUUGCAUUUCUUCGAUUGGAACAACUGGUGUUGGAUGGAGUCUGAUGAAAGGUCCAUCGCAGAUGCGUGGAAUCUUUAUUGGAUCUGUGGAAGCUGGUAGCCUGGCUGAUAAGGCAGGUAUUAAAAUUGGAGACCAGAUAACAGCUAUGAACAAUCACAACGUUUUUAAUGCAGAACUUUCAAAGGUUUUGGAUUUAGUCAGAUCAACCAAUACUAUGGAGUUAGUGGUCAAAAGGGGGGCUGGAAUAGAUCUGUUUCCUGAAGCGAAAGCCAAUCGUAGAAAACUCGCCAGUUCGUCUCUCUUACCCAUGGUUUUUGAAGAGGAUGCUGGAUUACAAACAGAAAAGGUCAAAAGUGAUCUUGAAGAGAAUGAUAAUCAUCAGAUACAAAGUACUCCACUGGUUGAAACCGAAACUUUAAAAGAAGAACUUCCAAAGGAAAUGGAGGGACUAAACCAAAAAACGACCAAAGAAAAUGAACUUCCAAAAAGUGAAGGAAAGUCAAGAUUCUGUACAAAUAUAUCGCUAGAUCAACGUGAUCCAGGGAAAGUUCAAGAUCACCAACAAACAGAAACAAGAAGAAAACUACGUGAAGAUAUUAUCAACAGUGGUCAGCAGUAUAAAGAAAAAACGGCGGAUAAUGAAAUCACAAAUCAACCUAGAAACUUCAGUAAAAGUGGCUAUCUCCCGUCACCUACCAUCCGCCCUCAUGCGUUCAUCAGUCGUGUCUCUUCCCAGCCUUACUCUGAAUCUUCACAAGGACAUAGAAUAAUGUCAGUUGUUUCGCGAAAGUCCUCGGCUUCUGGAAGUGAUAUGGAACCUUUUUAUUAUUAUUCUUACCAAACAAAAAGAUCUCCCUCUUUGACCAGUAAAGGGACGUCUUCAGUUGAACUUUGUGGGGACGACGAAACACCAAUCACGGAUAGCCGUGGCCCACAGCCCAAGAUUCCGGAGAUUUACUUUGACGAAGGUGCUCGCAAACCGUUAGUAACAAUUGAUACAUUUCGACCACAAAAUCGUUUUAUUUCUCAAGAAAAACCUCAGAAUCGAGAAACAAAAUCAGAUGAGACUGCCCCCUUGGCCGAAAUGCUCAACAGAAGUGUCACAAGGCCAGAGGUCAAACCAACAACAGAAGAAGAGCUAAACAUGAAUGUUAAUUUUGAUUCUAACCAUCCGGGCUCUAACACCGAAACAAAAUCAGAACCAGGUGUGGUAAAUACCACGGUUGACAAACCACCACUAGCACCCUCUACUGGCAAAAAUCUUCCAUCACAAUCACUUUCAGUCAGCGAACCUGAUUUAUCAUCACCCAAAGAUUCAGUUAAUUCUGGUAAAAUACAGUCUUUAAUAUCACGAACACCAGAAGAGGAUUGUAAGCUAAAUAUGAACAAAUUAUCACCAACUUCAUCGCCAGUCUUCUGGAAUUCUCUGUUAGAACAGACGUGUAAUAAACAACAGAAGAAACGAGAGUUCCCCAAAUCGUCGGUCGCAGCACCAAAUCUUACAGUGUCUCUAAGAAAAUCCCCAUUGUAUCAAAAUCAGAUUUCAAAUUCAGAUUCAAAUCUUUUCAAGAAAACAAUUAACCCUCUGUUCCAAGGGGUACUUCGUUAUAGUGUAUCAGUAGAGAAAAAUUUGAACUUUAACGUGCACGCUAAUCCAUCCGUAUUGUCUGUCAAAUCGCCAGUGGUCAAAAACUCUCAGAAGUUUCUUACUGUUGAUAAUCGGUAAGAUAAAACACAUUUAUGUCACCAAAAGAAGAAAACUCUUG